CAAAAGUCACGUGAGACGGAGCUACACGUCACACGCAAACAUGGCGGACUGGAACAGAGGUCACAGUUCUGUGGAGGACAUGCUGGAUGCUGAGAACAAACGGAUGGCAGAGAACUUGUCAACGAAAGUGUCCAGAUUGAAAUCUUUGGCUUAUGACAUCGAUCGAGAGACAGAAGAUCAGAAUGACUAUUUAGAUGGCAUGGACUCAAACUUCAUGAGUGCCACUGGUCUUCUGACUGGAAGUGUGAAACGUUUUUCAACUAUGGUUCGCUCUAGUCGGGACAAUCGCCGCAUCCUUUGCUACAUCUCAAUCGGACUGGUUGUAGUAUUCUUUAUUUUGUAUUAUAUUGUCAUGAGGAUUCAGCGCUGACAAGAAAUGGACUCUGUAAAAACAUUUAAAACAGAGACUUCACAUUUUGUAUUUAUUCAAGUGCCAAUGCAGGCAUACAGGAUGUUGGAUGGUACCUUUUUAGAUGAGUAGUUAAUGGGCCUCUGGAUCCAAUGUUGGUGAAUGGGAAAAACAAAGAUAGCACCAACUAAAAAGAUGGGACAAUCUCACUGAGCUGUGUUGAGUGCAAGUAUUAAGAAAGACUCAUUUUUAGGCUUGGCCGUGGCUGGUGGACUAAACCAGGAUGGAUAUAUGAGACCAGGACCAGAGUUGGAGCCAGAUUUAAGUCACAACUAAACCAGAACUACAGUGAGUCACAAAUUAUACCACAUGAAAACUUGGGCUAGACUGGUCUACUCCAAACUAAUUCUUUAUGUACCCUGCAUAUUUUCAUAUCUUCUAAGAGUUACUGCUAAUUCUUUGGCCUAUUUUAUUGACUGUUGCUAAUGUGUUGCAAUAAAAAUGUUUUCCCUUCCAUAA